AUGUCGCUCCCCGCCACCGACCAUGACGCUGCUGCUGCCAGCUGGCCGCCGGGCACUGUGAAAUUCGAACAAGGCGACUUCAAGGGCCUCCUCCUCCAUCCCACCCCAACCGCGGAUCCAAACGACCCCCUCAACUGGUCCCCGGCGCGCAAGGCCGUCAACUUUGGCCUCGUCUGCCUCUACACGCUCCUCACCUUUGUCCAGCUCGACGUCGGCUUCACCGCCUGGGACCAGUACUUUGACGAGCUCGGCUUCAGCGACGGCACGCUCAACGGCUCCGCCGCCGCCAACUACCUCGGGCUCGCCCUCGGCUGCGUCGCCUUUGUCCCGCUCGUCCACAAGCUCGGCCGCCGGCCCGUCUACCUCGCGAGCGCCGCCCUCCAGCUCGGCUCCUGCGUCUGGGCCGCCCGCACCCGCACCGUCGCCGACCUCUACGCCAGCAACGUCCUCUCCGGCGUCGGCGGCGCCAUCAGCGAGACCAUUGUGCAAAUCACCAUUGCCGACCUCUUCUUCGUCCACCAGCACGCCACCGUCAACGGCCUCGCCCUGCUCGCCACCUUUACCGGCGCCUACCUCGGCCCCGUCGCCUCGGGCUAUGUCGUCCAGAACCAGGGCUGGCGCUGGGUCUGGUGGUGGUGCACCAUCCUGUUUGGCAUCAACCUGCUCCUCGUCCUCUUCUUCUUCGAGGAGACAAAGUAUACGUUUGCUGGCUGGCACUCGGGAGGCACCUCGGAAAACCUCGUGGCCGACACCCCGGAUUCCGACUCACUGGAGCCCGAGCUGGGAGGAGAAGCAAGUGUGCACACCAUCGAUUCGUCCAUCCCCAUCAAGUCGUACCGACAGCGACUUGCCCUCUUGACCGUAACCAGCGGAUCAAUCCUGCACGACAUCUACGAGCCCCUCGUCAUCCUCGUCACCUUUCCCGCCAUCACGUACACGGCGCUCGCCUACGGUGUUUUGCUGGCCUGGUUCGCCGCCCUCAUCUCCGUCCAGGCGACGUACAUGUUCGAUCCGCCCUACAACUUCACCUCCAUCGGCGUCGGCCUGAUGAACAUUGCACCUUUUAUCGCCUCCAUUCCCGGCGUCUGGAUCGGGGGCUACCUCAACGACAAGAUGAUCGUGUGGCUCGCGCACCGGAACCACGGAAUCUACGAGCCCGAAAUGCGCCUGUGGAUGAUACUUCCACUGGCGCUCAUUGCGCCCGCCGGUAUACUCCUCUUUGGACUGGGACUUGACAAUGGCGUUUCUUGGCCAGUCCUGGCUGUCGGAUUCGGCAUGUACGGAUUCUGCCUCACUGCUGGCGGCGUCAUUUCACUGGCGUACGCCAUGGACUGCUAUCAUGAUGUCAUUGGCAACGCGCUCGUCGGCGUCACCCUCAUCCGAAACCUACUUACCGUCGGCAUUUUAUUUGCCCUGACCGCCUGGCUCGAUGGCAUGGGCAUUCGGGACACGCACAUCAUCAUCGCUGUGCUGGCAGCCGUCAUUCUUGUCGGCCCCGUCGCUCUCCUCAUUUGGGGCAAGAAGGCCCGGAUCAGGACUGCCGCGGCAUACCGACGAAUGGCCAUGCGCCAGCCAACAAGGCGAAACAAACACUAG